AUGGUGAAUAAUAAUUGGCCCUAUAAUACCUUUAGGCACUGUCUAUGGAUUUUGGGAAAUGAAAGAACCCUGUGUAAUGGUGAAUCUGAUUGGGAAGCCUUAGUCCGUGAUGCUAAGAAUCGCCAAUGUUUCUUUAAUGCCGAUGAAGAUCAUGAUUUGAACAAAGCAAUAUUGGAUGUGAAGAAAGAGUUUGAACAAUUUGACAAUUUGUGCAAUGGGGAUAGCAUACUUUUCAGAAGUGCUAGGUGGAAGGUUCUUUUCAGUGAUAACUUUCUGAAGGCAUUUCAAAAACUGAAGUCUGUACAGACAAAGAAAUUAGUCAUAUACCUUCUAGUUAAACUUUCUAGCGGAUGGAGACCCAAGAGGAAGCAUGUAGAUCCCAUUUGUGGAGGUUCUUCACAGAUUUUACAGCAAUUUAAGGUUAAAGGUCUUUAUGUUGUUUGUGCAAAUGAUAUAGCAAAAGAUUGGAGCGACGUGGUGACAGAAUUUAGGUACUAUCAAGUUUUGAAGAUCUGGGAUAUAUUACCUGUGUGUGAUAUUCCAAAAUUAAUCAAACGUCUUGAGAGUUUGUUUGGAAAACAUACAGAUGACUUUAUUAAUCACUGCAAAGAGAGAUGUCUGGAGGGGAAUUUGGAAGUUCCAAAGAGUUGGUCAUGUUCUUCUGAUAUUGUCAGGAUGAAGAAUCUUGAUAGCAGUGAAAAUGAGAUCGAUUUAAGUGGUUCUACUUUUGAUGGUAGAAGUUAUGUUGAGAAUGUACAGGUUAGUGAGAGUCUGAUGCUGAUGAAAUUCUACUACUUAUCAUCAGGUGUAGUUGGCCACUUGCUUUCUAAUCAUGAUGGUGUUGAAUUGGAUCUUCCAUUUGAAGUAACUGAACAAGAGUUGGACAUAAUCCGUUUUCGUAGAAGUACCUUUAUACUUGGUCGGUCAGGUACUGGGAAAACAACUGUUUUGACUAUGAAGUUAUUUCAAAAAGAAAAACAGCACCAUAUGGCAAAAGACUUAUUAUAUGGUGUCAAGAGCGAUAUACCUGUGCAUAGUCAGGAAAAGGAAGCCGAUGAGACUAUUGCAGAAAAAGAGGGUACCAUAUUGCGCCAGCUUUUCGUGACAGUCAGUCAUAAAUUGUGUUAUGCUGUCAAACAACACGUUUCUCAUUUGAAAAGCUUUGCCUGUGGUGGUAAUUUUUCAAAAGGAAGCAGUUCAAUUGAUUUUGAUGGUUUUGAUGAUGUAGCCCAAUUCAAGGAUGUCCCAGAUACUUUUGUUGAUGUUCCACCCGAGGCAUACCCUCUUGUCAUUACAUUUCAUGAUUUUCUGAUAAUGCUUGAUGGAAGUGUGGGUAAUUCAUACUUUGAAAGAUUCCAUGAAGUAAGGAAACAUUCUCUUGGUAAGGUUCGUGGUGGAUCAGUUGCCUUACAGACAUUUAUAAGGAAGAAAGAAGUUAACUAUGAAAGGUUUAGUUCAUCAUACUGGCCCCAUUUCAAUGACCAGUGUACAAAGAAUCUUGACUCUUCAAGAGUUUUUACAGAGAUUAUUUCUCAUAUAAAAGGUGGCCCACAAGCUCUAGAGCUAGGUGAUGGUAAACUCAGUGGUAAAGACUAUGUUUCAUUAUCAGAGGGCCGAGUGUCCAGUUUAAAUAAAUGGGAGAGAGAGAUAAUAUAUGAAGUCUUUCAAAAGUAUGAAAAAAUGAAGGUUAAAAAUGGUGACUUUGAUAUGGCCGAUCUUGUAAUUGAUCUUCAUUGUCGAUUGAGUGUUGAAAGAUACAAGGGUGAUGAAAUUGAUUUUGUAUAUGUGGAUGAGGUGCAGGAUCUCACAUUGAGCCAAAUUGCACUAUUCAAAUAUAUCUGUAAAAAUGUAGAAGAAGGUUUUGUUUUCUCUGGUGACACAGCACAAACAAUUGCGAAGGGAAUCGAUUUUAGAUUCCAGGAUAUAAGAUCUCUGUUCUACAAGAAGUUUCUACUGGAAUCUAAAAGCUGUGGACAUGAUAAAAGAAAAAAGAAAGGGAUAAUCUCAGAUAUUUUCCAUUUGAGCCAAAAUUUCCGUACUCAUGAUGGGGUUCUUAAACUUUCACAGAGUAUUAUUGAACUUCUUUAUCGUUUCUUUCCUCAAUCUGUUGAUGUUUUGCAGCCUGAGACUAGUCUUAUAAAUGGUGAAGCUCCAAUCUUGCUUGGGUCAGGGAACAAUCAAAACACGAUCAGUACUAUUUUUGGAAAUAGUGGAAAAUCUGGAAGGAGUUUUGUUGGCUUUGGUGCAGAGCAAGUAAUAUUGGUAAGAGAUGAUCAUGUUCGGAAGGAAAUUACCAAUUAUGUUGGGAAGCAAGCUCUUGUUCUAACUAUUGUGGAGUGCAAGGGCCUUGAGUUUCAGGAUGUAUUGUUGUACAACUUUUUUGGAUCAUCACGUCUGAAAAAUCAAUGGAGGGUGAUAUAUAAAUAUAUGGAGGAACAACAUUUACUCAACUCAACUUCUCCUUCUUCCCCAAGUUUCAAUGAGGCUAAACACAAUGUCUUGUGCUCAGAACUGAAGCAACUUUAUGUGGCUGUCACUCGUACGAGGCAGAGGUUGUGGAUCUGUGAGAAUGUAGAGGAAUUCUGCAGACCUAUGUUUGACUAUUGGAAGAAAAAGUGUCUUGUCCAAGUCAAACAGCUAGAUGACUCACUUGCUCAGGAAAUGCAAGUUGCCAGCAGCCCAGAGGAGUGGAGGUUGCGGGGAAUCCAUUUGUAUCAAGAGUGUAACUAUGAAAUGGCAACAACGUGCUUUGAGAAAGCUGGAGAUACUUAUUGGGAAAGAAGGUCCAAGGCUUCUGCCCUCAGAGCGACUGCUGACCGCAUGCCCCAUUCAAAACCUAAAGCGGCAAAUGAGAUCCUUAGGGAAGCUGCAGAAAUAUUUGAAGCCAUAGGCAUGGCUGAUUCUGCUGCCCAAUGUUUCUUUGAUUUGGGGAAGUAUGAAAGAGCUGGGAGGCUUUAUUUGGAAAAAUGUGGCAAGCCUGAGCUAAAAAGAGCUGGGGAAUGCUUUUCUCUAGCCGGAUGCUAUGAACUUGCAGCUAAUGUGUAUGCUAGGGGCUAUUUUUUCUCAGACUGUUUGAAAGUUUGCACCAAAGGAAAAUUAUUUGACAUGGGUUUUCAGUACAUUCAGGAUUGGAAACAACAUGCAACUACAGAUUUGGGUGUGGUUAGAAUGGGAAAAGAAAUAGACAAAAUUGAACAAGUGUUUCUAGAGAGUUGUGCUCUUCAUCAUUAUAAGCUUAAGGAUAGCAGAUCCAUGAUGAAAUUUGUUAAAGCUUUUCAAUCCAUAGAUUUGAUGCGCAAGUUCUUGAAGUCUCAUGGUUGUCUUGAUGAGCUUCUGAUGUUGGAAGAAGAAUCAGGAAACUUCUUGGAAAACAUACCGAGGCAGAGAGGGGAGAUUCUACAGGAAGCUGAUCUCCUAGGGAAGGCUGGGAAUUUCACAGAAGCAUCCUUGUUAAUUCUUUCCUAUGUACUGUCCAACUCACUUUGGGAACCUGGAAGCAAAGGCUGGCCGCUAAAGCAGUUUACACAAAAGCAGGAGCUUUUAGCAAAAGCCAAGACAUUUGCAAAGAAUAGGUCCAAAAACUUUUUUGAUUUUGUUUGUACUGAGGCUGAUGUUUUAUCAAGUGAGCAGAGUAACUUGUUCACGAUGAAAAAUUAUUUGAAUGCAGCCCAGAGACAUAAGAGUGUUGGAGGUGAAAUCAUAUGUGCUCGAAAAAUUCUGGAUGCUCAUCUUCAUUCAAAGUCCUCAAAAUGUGCUGAAACCCAAGAUGUUAAUGAAUAUGGAGAUUUUUGCUUGAAUUACUUUGGAGUGCGGAAGCAGUUUCAUAAUGAUAAUGCCAUCUAUCUUUUGCUCAACUUUGAUGCUGAUUGGGUGAGACAAUUGGAUAAUAGAUUCCUUCGUCGGAACGGGAAGGCUUUGGACAGUGUCAAAGCCCUUUAUGAUUUGUCAUUAAAGAAUUCUCUCUCCAUGUUCUGCCAAAGCAAAUCUCUUACUCAUAUCUAUGAGGUUGCAAAGUCUCUUUUGGAAUCCCAAUAUUUGGACCUCAAGUUCCAUGAAAAUAAGGCAUUGUGGCAAUAUGUCGAACUUUCCACUAAUAUCUUUGGCUACAUAUUUCCUCUGGACUGGCAGAAAUCAUUGGCAGAGAACAUGUUUUCUUUGAGAGGAACUGAGGUUAUGAAGAAUUUACUAAAACAAGUCAUACGUAAAAACAUCGGCUCAAAGGGUAGGCUGACUUACAGGAAAAUUGGAAGAGUUGUAAUGGUAAUUCUUGGAUUGGGUAAGCUUGACAAUGAUUUAUGUAAGGAGAUUUUGGAUAGGUUUGGUGGGAUUGACAAGAAUUUGCCCUGGAAGACCUUCAUUCAAACUCUCUUUGUGAAUAUGGGAUCAAAAUUUCUACAUGCUACCGUACCUGACAAUAGAUGUGAAUCUCCAAGAGUGUUAUCCCUUCUGCUGACGCUCAAUAAAGCUUUGGUAAAUACUUGCAGGGCAAACUGGAUUAAUGAAGAGGACUAUAUGUCACCUGGUUGUUUUUUGUAUCUUGUUGAGCGCCUACUAAUUUUGGCGUCAUACUCCCAGGGUUACUUUAUCACUUCAAAGUCUUCUUUUGUUGAAUGGUUUAUCUACCAAGAGGGAGAUAGCAGCCCAGAUUCCACUUCAGUGGGUGAACUGCAACCAUUGCUUGAAUUGUUUAUCAAUGAAGUUGUUGCGCCGCUUAUUGACAAUAAGGAGGAUACAAUGAAAUGGAUCGAAAUGUCUGGCAUAAAUGCGAAAGACUACUAUCCACAGCUGGUGUUGAGAUUGGUUACCAUAAUAUGUUUGGUUCAUCUGAACUGUGGGAAGUUUUCAGAUUUACUUUUUGAUUUGCUUCAAAGGAGCUAUAUUGCUGUGCAACUUCCAUGGGACUUUCAUGAUGUCCUUCGGAGAAGAUUGAAACAUUUCCACAAUGUAAAUGUGAUUGCUGAAGCAUUUAAAAAAAUUAACAAUCCUCUUGUAAUUGUGAGUUUGAGAAAAAAUUGUUCACAAUUUCUAUGUCCAGAUGUCAUUUUUGUGGACAUGACGGUAAAACAUUGCAGGGAGGACAUUUUAAGAGUCUUGUUUCCAAAGACAGUCAAAGCCUUGCCAGCUCAAACUGAAAUUAUUGAAGUGGAAACAACUCAUUCUUGCAGCAAAGCGCUUUCUUCAGGCAGUUAUGAUCUGGUGGGUUGUAAACUUGCACCUUCAAACUUUGUUUUGAACAACAUAAAUGGAAGCAAGCUGCUGCCAAUGGAUUAUAGUUACUUUUGGGAAAUGUUUGAAGCAUUGAAGUCAUUGGAGAAUUUUGGAUAUCCAAAGAGCUUUUUGCCCAAUGCUCAAGUAAUCAAGUUGGAUGCGGACAAAAGUAUUCACCUUGUAAGUACUGUUGUGAACGAAAGCCUUCAGAGCUACUUUCUGCGUGGUGAUGAAAACCUAUUGCAGAAAGUAGCCUGCAUGCUUGAUGAACUGAAGCUACUUUCUGCUGCAUUGGGUGUGAGUGAACUAGAGCUUCGGAAGAAUAUGUCAACAAUUGGAGAGCUUUCCAAGAGAUUGCUGUCAAGAAGGCCAAAGGUGGAACCUAUCUUCAGUCAGCGAUUCUUGCAACACGGAACAAACAUUCUGGUAGAGACAUCAGAAACUAGCGGUACAUCUGUUCACCAGUCUGAUGUUACAGGCAUCCGUAACAAAAAAUGUAAGUUUGGUGAGAUAAUUGAAGGAUUUAUGGGCUUUCUAAUUUUAGGGUACGUAGUUCGAAGAACCCUAACACUUUUAAAAAAAAACUAAUAGAGUUAGAAUAAUCAAUUCUCAUACUAUAUUGUAUUUUAGAACAUAGUAGAAGGAGAUUGCCCUAUCUUUUUGUGCAGUAAAUAUGAUGUGGUUUAGGCAUUC